AAGUGACAGUUUGUAGCUUAUCUUGUUAAAACAUUGAGGUUUUAUAAUGGAAAAUGCAACAGAUACCGCUCUCAUCCUUUCCCCCUACUCAUACAGUCUCGCCUGGUGCGGAAUGAAAUGGUUUAUUUCUAUUGGACAAACCGUAGAGACGCCAUCAACAACAACAGCUUGCAAAAAGAACAGAUCACUAAUCAUUUUGCAAAAGCAGGCAGCUUCACCACCAAGGUGGGGUUGUGUGUGAACCUGAGGAACCUGCACUGGUUUGACUCAGCUGACCCAGACACCUUCUUCCCUCGCUGUUACAGACUAGGAGCAGAGGAUGAGAAGCAUGCUUUUAUUGAGGACUACAAGAGGACUGCCUGCUCCAGUUUUUUGAAGUACAUUGUGGAGAGGGAGCAGGUUGUUCAGGGAGAGGGAACGAGCCACAACAUUCAGGCUGAGAGAAAACUAGGCAAACGGCGCUCUAGACCAGUAGUCCUUUCCAAAAUGAUUAACAGCGCACUCAAAGUGUGCCACGAGUUUCUCGAGAGUCUGCAGCAUAAUGACAUAGACAUGAACUUGGAGACACCACAAAUACUUACAAAGGAGGAUUGGGCAGAGUUUAUCAACAGUUACUACCUUGUUGUUCAUGGAGGAGCAGAGAUCGAGAACAGUGAUCAUUUUGUGACCUGCUGCAAAGCCAUGUUACAGAGGCUGGCAGAGGUCAGUCCACAGCUGCACAUAGAAGGCAUACACAACAUCUGGAUCAUCAAACCUGGAGCUAAGUCCAGGGGCAGAGGUAUCAAAUGCACCAGGCGUUUGGAUCAGAUCCUCAGGCUGGUGGACGGUAAUCCAACCCUAAUCAAAGAAAGCAAGUGGGUGGUGCAGAAGUACCUGGAGCGCCCCUUGCUGAUCUAUGGCACCAAAUUUGACGUGCGGCAGUGGUUCCUGGUCACCGACUGGAACCCCCUGACUGUGUGGUUCUAUAAAAAGUGCUAUUUGCGCUUCUCUACACAGCCUUACUCGCUAAGUACACUGGAUAGCUCUGUCCACCUGUGCAAUAACUCUAUCCAGAAGCACCUGAGACCCUCCCAACAGCGUCAUCGUGGUAUCCCAGCGGACAAUAUGUGGUCGGAUGACCAGUUCAGGACCUUUCUGUCCAGCCAGGGCCAGGAAGCUCAGUGGCAAACAGUAGUAGUCCCCGGGAUGAAAAAAGCUGUGAUCCACGCAUUACAGACAACACAGGAUCUGAUGGAGUCACGCAAAAACACAUUUGAGCUCUACGGUGCUGACUUUAUGUUCGGUCAUGACCUGCGUCCAUGGCUGUUAGAACUUAAUGCCAGUCCCACUAUGGCUCCCUCCACGCCAGUGACAGCCCGCCUCUGUACCGCUGUGCAGGAAGACACACUACGAGUCGUCCUGGACUGGCGAGCAGACCGCACUGCAAACACUGGAGACUUUCAGCUCAUAUAUAGACAGGCAGCCGUUGACGUGCCACAGUAUGUAGGAGUCAACCUGCUUGUUGAGGGCUUCAAGGUCAAGUGCCCCUGCCCACUUCCUCCACUGCGGUCCUCCAACUGUUCAACACCGAAACGCCGCCGUCCUGUCAAAGAGAAGGAACCCGCAGGAGAAAAAGUAAAGCCUCUGCCUAAGAUGUUGUUGAAGAGUGCAGAGACUCAGCUGAAAAACAUCAGCAGUGGGGUUCUGCCACCUUCUCCUCUUCCUCCUGAGCUGCCUGGGCCCUUCCCUGUUGAAACCUUCACAAUUCACCUGCCAUUGACUGUGAAGUCCAUCCACCUGCCUAUUAGUGGCCAGUCUCACUCUGUACUUUUGUGGAAGAGGAGACCAGAAGUAUCAAAAGUCUGCUCAGAGAAAGACCAACCCUGUACCAUAGAGAAGCACCAAGGCCCUUCUUUGUCUUUGGAGAUUAAUGUUCCAAAACAGUCCAGACAAACAACCACCAGCACCUUGAGUGCCUAAAA